GAACACAACCAGGAAGAUAAAUGCUUUUGCAUUUUUCUGAACUUCGCUUUUGCUCCUUAGUAAAAGAUUUCCCCUUCUGGAAGCCAUUAAAAUUCGUGAAUCUCAGACAAAGACUUUUCUUCCUCCUCCCACACUCUGUGCAAGAUACUUAAUGUCUGCAUCCUGGGGACAUAACCGUGAGACGGAAGCAGAACACGACCAAGACCUUCUCUUGCAUUACUGCUGCUCUUUGCCUUCACUUGGGAUGAAUGAAUCCUUUCAUCUCAUCUGCAUUUGACUCGUGUCACAAGGUUCAUGGAGCAACAAUGGGGCAACAGAGAUGGUGAAACAAUUUUAAAAGUGUCAUUUCCUUAUAAGUCAGGCUCAGCUUUAAGCACUGACGGAGAAAGCAGGAGCAGGCACAGGUACAACAGUUUGACACAAUUUUAAGAUGAAAUGCAGCAUAAAACAGUGGACUUUACCCCUUUCACGACUUGCACUUCCUUUAAGGAAAAGGUCAUGUCUUUUCUCCCAGCUGUUCUGAGCCCUCCCCAGGCAGGAAGAAUAUCCUGUGUCCUGUGUUCUCCAGGGGCCAGCAGCAGAGCAGAGGAAGGAGCAUGGCUUCCACCUCCCUGCUCCCACGGUUCUGUUCUUAAGUGAUGUGAUCCUGAAGCACUGCGAAGAUCUUCCUCCCUUCAAAACAUGAUGCAGCUCACAUAGGACCCCAGCAGAUGGUGGAAGUGGCCAGAGGGGGAAAUACAAGCUAUUCCCUUUGGAGACCUCAGUGCCUAUUUUUGUCAGACGGGGACGUUGAGAAUUCCACAGCUGGAGCAGAUGUGGCUGUUAUUGGAGGUGUGAUAGCUGCGGUGGUAUUUGUCCUCAUUUGCCUGUUGGUUGUGAUGGUACGGUACAUGUACAGGCAUAAGGGCACCUACCACACCAAUGAGGCCAAAGGAACUGAGUUUGCUGAAAGCGCUGAUGCUGCUUUGAAAAAUGACCCUGCUCUCCAGGAAGCUGUGGAUGAGAGUAAAAAGGAAUAUUUCAUCUGAGAGGCAAGAAUUUCCAUGGAGACUUCCCCACGGGAAUCAAUCAGAAA